AGGAUGUGAGACGGAACGGCCACCACAGUUCUUGCUAAGUAGUCUUGAAGAUUAGGGAGCCCCGGUGGUAAGGUUUCGGGAAAAGCCGGAGACCAAGGGCAGCGAAAGGGUGGGCUGCGAUCGCCCAGGCAACGUACGCCGCGAGAAACUAUUGGCUCGCCUUCAGUGGCGUCAUCCUCCUCCCGCAGCGUCCGCCCUCGGAACUCCGUGGGCGGGGCCUCCGCUAGUGGCUCUGCCCCGCCCUUCGAGAAAGCGGGUGAGGCGGAACGUGACGGCCAGUUUUGCUCUGCUUAUGGGGUCCAGGCCUGGUAUAAAGGGUUUCAGAGAGCAGUGCUGACGACCUUGGAGUGAGGACAGUACCUGAUUUGAAGGGGACAGUUCUGAUAUCCCCCUGACCCUAGAGACGUGGCUCUGCCCCCUAUACAGUCGGAAUCCUUUAAAAGGUCCCGGGCGCCAGGGAGGGGCGGGCGGGUGGGCAGUCUUCUGGAGACAGCGGGUGGCUCUGCUUAGCCAAUCCGCGCCCCGCGGCGCUCAGAAUUUCAGCCAAUCGCGGCUCAUGGUUCGGCUACGGGGCGGAGCUGGGUGAGCCCGUGCCAGACCGAGAGGCCCCAGGGAGGCAAGCACAGGAGGGUCGCAAAGCUUCGGACGUUUCUGGCGGUAGUCGUUGUGAACCUAGUAGCUGAGGGCAUCAUGGUAGGAGGAGGCUUGAAGAGGAAACACUCCGACUUGGAGGAGGAAGAGGAGGAUGAGAAGUGGGGCUGGGGUCCAGCAGGCUUGCGAAGCUACCAGCAAGCCCUGCUCCGCAUCUCUCUAGAUAAAGUCCAGCAAAGCCUGGGCCCCCGAGCACCCAGCCUCCGCAGGCAUGUCCUCAUCCACAACACCCUCCAGCAGCUCCAGGCCGCACUUUGCCUGGCUCCAGCACCUGCCGUGCCCCCUGAGCCCCUCUUCCUGGGUGAGGAGGACUUCUCCUUGUCUACUACCAUCGGCUCUAUUCUCAGGGAGCUGGAGACUUCCAUGGAUGAGACGGAGACCCCUCAGAAUCCAGUGGCUCCCCCAAGCCCCCAAAAUGAAGUACUGCCCCAGCCUGAUCCAGUUUUCUUAGAAGCCCUGAGCUCUCGGUACCUGGGGGACUCAGGUCUGGAUGACUUUUUUCUGGACAUUGACACUUCCACGGUGGAGAAGGAGCCUGCACUGGCCCCAGCAGAGCCUCCUCACAACCUCUUCUGUGCCCCAGGGUCCUGGGAGUGGAAUGAACUAGAUCACAUCAUGGAAAUCAUUCUAGGAUCCUAAAGCUUUGAUAGUGGUGGGGGUGAUCCCUCUACAUGUCAGCCUCAGUGAGCUGGAUCUUUACACUUGAUCUUGGCCAAAAGGCUGAGAAGAGAUUGGGCUGGAUCUCUAGAUGCAACUGUGUGUGUGUGUGUGUGUGUGUGUGUGUGUGUGUGUUGGUGGGGGCUUUAAGCCGAGGCUGGCCCCCUUUUCUCCCAUUUCAGGGUCCCACAAACUGUCUUGCAUGUGUGUGUGUAUCUGGUUACCACAUCCUUCUGUGAAGGUGGGUCUUCCUGAAUUAAUUUAUCUGUUCCAAAUGCCUUAAUGAGACUGUUUCUGGGAGUCUGAUUUCCCACUUCCACAUGUCUUCUGCCUUCCCCUCAAGUUCCUACUCCUGUGACCACUGGGGCCUCAGGAAAGAUAUGGUGGCCCUGUUGAAGGAUGACAGGGAUGUGUUGCCUGGUUGCUAUGGAAACCCAAGCUCUGCCUGUUGUACCUGGAAAGGAGUAGGACCUACUCCCCCCAGGUUGAACCCCAC